CUCUUUGUUUUCAUUUUAUUCCUAAAGCAACAAACGAUGUGAUACCGUCACAAUUUUCUUUUCAUCAUAAAACCGCGAGUUCGGUGUGAAAGAAUUAAACAAAAACACAAUUUGUAGAACAAGCUGGCACUUCUCUAUAAGCUGGUAUGAAAAAUCGGUUAAUUGCGCAAUCCAAUAAUAAAUUAAAUCGUUUUGAAGUGAACGCCCAUUUUGUGCUGAGGUGAACCACGAUGCCGUUGAAAAAGACAAAAAAGGAAACCAGUGUGGAGAUCGCUAAAACCUUUGCUCGGUUUUUUGAAAAUUCUAAUUACUCGUGCCGGGUUCAAUGGCUUCAAAGAAACGAGAAUGAUGACCUCAUCGAGACGGAAAAGAACCUUUCGGAAAGUAUUGCCGUCGCUGACGAAACUGCAGAAAGCGCAAGGUCGCCACUAGAAACAACCGAAAAGGUCAAAAAAUUCAACUGUCGAAAGCGGAGUCGCACAACUGUGGUGGAAAAUCCGCAUCUGUUGAGGUCGUUGAGAUUCACACGUUCUACACACAAAUUGCUGAGCGCCGCCAAAACAAUUGAGGAGGCGACAGAUGCAAAAACAGUACGAGUUUUGAAAGAAAACAAGGAUUUACCUGCUUCCGUUGAUGCAAAAACAGUGCGACUUUUGAAAGAAAACAAGGAUUUACCUGCUUCCGUUGAUGCAAAAACAGUGCGACUUUUGAAAGAAAACAAGGAUUUACCUGCUUCCGUUGAUGCAAAAACAGUGCGAGUUUUGAAAGGAGACAAGGAUUUACCUGCUUCCGUUGAUGAAACGGAAGAAUGGCCGCCUGACGUCGAUAAGCCUGAUAUUGUACAGUCAGACAAUGGUACCAUUGGACAACAAGAACAAGAUGAUGCAACAAGUCAAAAGUGUUCUACUCUCAUCGCAGAUGCCAAUAAAACAAACUUAACAAACGAUGACAGUUGUGUUGGCUUAGAUGACAUUGACGCGGCAAGCACUGUAAGUGGACAAUUGAGGAGAUUCAUUACGUUCUACGACCGACAAGGCUCGAAAUUAUCCAUCGAUGAAGAUAAAGAACUCGAAGACCUUAUCGGGAAGCCAGCGAACGGAAACGAUUUACAAGCAGCAGAUGAACUCGAUGCAUCCAACAAUCGCCAGCAAAUGUCGACGGAGCCUAUCAACAAUCAAUGCACAUACGACCGAUCUUUCGAUGUUUUGCCAGAUGCUCAGAAUCCGAUGGUGUUUCAUGUUUGUCCGAAAAUACCGGGAAACAGAAAGCCAUACAAUCGACGAAUGAUCAGACUUCGUAAUCAAUCUUCGGUGUUUUACGAUGGUCCGGAACUCAAACGCUGCGCCAUUACCAUAAAAGAUUAUCGCAAAAAGUAUCCCCGACCGAAUCCAUUGGAAAACAUCGAAUUCUUUGCUGAGAAGCCACAAAAAGUGAAGCGGUUAAGGAAGCCGAGAAACAAUUACUUUAGACAACCGAGACGACAAUCCACUGUGGACAGAACGAAACGUAGAGCGUCGAAACGUAAAAUCGGUGCACAGACUGAGAUCGAAAAAGCGGCCCAGCGCUCUUCACUCUGGAGUGCAAUACAGGAAGCUUAUCCGAAAGAAGACGUUCCGGAAGCGACAUGCGAAAUUGCGGAUGCGACAGACGAAAUUGCGAAUGCGACAGACGAAAUUCCAGAAGCGACACACGAAAUUCCGGAAGCGACACACGACAUUCCGAAGACUGCACAAGAAAUUCCGAAAACGACACAAGAAAUUCCGCCAUUCGUACCAGUGAAUCCGACUGAAAUACAGGCGAUUUCAAUCGAAGAAAAAAAUGUGUCAAUCAACGAAUGGCUUGAGCUUUCAUCGCAAAUACAGCCGGACAACAAUUUGGACGUGAAUGAGUUUCUGCAGUACGCAAGUCUUCCGAUAUUGUCAGACAUUGAAGACGAAGCAUACCAACUGUCCACAUUUUUGGAUUUCACAUCAAAUAUUCGGACGGCUCAGCAAAUUUAUGACAAAGAACCGGUGGACGAUGUGGACGAUACGACAGACGAUGUUUGUGAACCACUGGACUUGUCAAUGAAACGGACUACACCAGCAUCGACCGAUACCGGAUUCUGCAAUGGAAGCUUUUCGUUGGAUAUUACCUCACCAUACAGUUCCACUCCGAAACAAACGCCGGCGAGUCACGUUGACACCGAUGUUCGGGACGUGUACAACAACUGUUGUACUCAUAACUAUCGUUCUGGAGGUGCGGCUGUAGACUCCACUCCAUCCGCUUCACAAACCGUUGAUUCAGCGAUUCCACUGAGUAUGACUACACAGACGACCGAGAAACAGCAUUGUGUUAUUGAGCCGAUGGUCGAAGUGACGCCAGAUAUGCGAGUCACGUCACCGGCCAUAAUCCCUCCAGAAAUGAAAGCUACUCAAGAAGUGAUGGUCCCGCAACGCACUGUAACAUCUACGAAUUGGAAUUUCGAUAAUUAUUCAACCGAUUUGGACUAUGAGCCUUCAGAAGAUGAGGACGACGAGGAUGAUAAGCUCUCCAAUACGUCAUCACAUCAAACAAAAAGCAUCACUUCAUCAGUUGACACAGACAUCACUCGACCAAAUGAUGUCAUUUCACUAAUCGACACUGAUAUCGGUCCACCAGUUGACCCUGACAUCAGUCCACCAGGCGACAAAAGAAUCGUUCCACUAGUCGACACAGACAUUACUUCCGCAGUGGACAUCAUUCCCACAGUAGACCUCACUCGCUCAGUAGACAUCACUUCCACGGUAGACGUCACUCCCGUAGUAGACAUCACUUCCGCAGUAGACAUCACUACCGCAGUCCACACUGAAACCACUCCACCAGUCGACACAGAAACCACUCCACCAGUCGACACUGAAACCACUCCACCAGUUGACACUGAAACCAUUCCACCAGUCGACACUGAAACCACUCCACCAGUUGACACUGAAACCACUACACCAGUUGACACUGAAACCAUUCCACCAGUUGACACUGAAAUCACUCCACCAGUCGACACUGAAACCACUCCACCAGUCGACACUGAAACCACUCCACCAGUCGCCAUUGACCUCAGACUCGAGCCUCGUAUCGAAAGUCGCAAUAACAGUGGGAUUAAAGCAGCGAGAAAUAAGAGAGACACACGCGUUGUCACCCGGUCGUUGUCAUUGAAAUCGAUUGAAUCAAAGCAGUUUACUUCCGCUCCUGUAAAUGUUGUUGAGCCACAACCCACUACAACAGAAGAGUUAAGGCCAGCAAUCCUAUCGAUAAAUGUGCCAUCUCUACCAACAGACAGACAAGCCAAUACGGUAGUAAUGCCAUUGAUUGGUGUGAGACCUCCACCGGAUCAUUUGAAGCAACCUGCAACCACCGACCAAAUUGAAUUGCUUAAGCAGCAAGUGCAAUAUUUACUGAAUCGGAUAUGCUUCAGUUACUUGGCUGAUGAGGCUUGUACUGAAAAUACCUGUCGAAAGAAUCACAAGUUGCCGACUGGGGACGAGGUACUCAAGAAGUUGAAAUUUUUCCCCACCGAAACCGUACUGACUCUGUACUCGUCGUUUAUUGUGAGAGUUCGAAUGGCGUUCAUCAAUUACUUUCCGACCGUGUGCGAGAUAUUCAGCAUUCGGAAGUUGAAGUCCGAAUUAAUAGCCGCCGUUGAGCAUUGUGACCAGCACAAUAAGAAGUCGUUUUACAGUCAUAUUUAUCGUGCUUGCAUUCGGCUGGGUAUGCGAAAGGUGGAGGCUUUGUCCGAGAUCGCCAAAGGCAGUUGUAAAAGUACGAUUUCUUGCACAUACAUCUUGAAUAUCAUCGUCCGCGAGGAUCCGGAAUUGUUUCAACAAAUGCUGGAAGACUUCUAUCCACUCGCGAAUAUCGAUUCGCAGCAUAUUUUGUCGCUAUUGAGUCGCCUGUCCGAGAAUCCACAACCAAAAUUGCUGAACAUUUUGGUUGAUAUGUUCAACAAAUAUUCCCGGUCCGAUAUCAGCGAUAUUGGCCCGUACAAAAUGAUUUACCACGAAAUCCAGUCACUAGCCAGUGAUAAUCCGCCAUUGGUGCGAAUAUUGAAGUCUAUCGCAAUGCGUGACAAACGACUGGAUUCCGAAUAAUUUAUUAUUUGUUUCAAAAUAUGUUUUCCGUACGCUCGGGACUUUUUAUCGGGCACUCAAUUUUGAAUUGUUAUUUUUUUAACGCAAAAUAAAAUGC